AGAGGAAUUGUGAGAGGCGCGCAGGAAGAUGGCGCAUAAUAGCAAAAGACCUAAUAGUUUAAUUCAUCAGGGGGUCCUCGAGUUUCCAUUGUCUUGCUCUUUAUUCCCCUCAAAACCUAAAAAGCCCAACGAGACAGAGCGCACCCUUCUUCCCCCUUAUCUCCUCUUUUUAUCUCUUUCGCAGCUUUUUCUUCUCUCUUCUCUCUUUACAGAUCUAUAUGCUUUCUCUGUCAAUCGUUUCGCUUUCUUUCUCUCCAUCGGUUUCGUCAGAUCUCAUCGAUUUCUCGGCGUUUCAUCGGUUUCAGGUCAAUUCCAGGGAUUUGCUAAUUGGUAGGCUGUUUUAACGCAAAGAUGAAUGGUUAUGAAGAGGACCUUGAUGAUAGAGCUGGAUAUGAUGACUAUUACAGCGGUGAUGAGGACCUUGAUGAGUAUGAAGAUGACGAGGAGGAGGAGGAAGAAGAAAGAAGACCUCCAAAGGAAGAAUUGGAAUAUCUCGAGUUGCGCGAAAAGUUGAAGGAAACAAUGAGGAAGAACCUGAGGAAAGGAAGUGCCAACGCUCAAUCUUCACAGGAAAGAAGAAGAAAACUUCCUUAUAACGACUUUGGUUCCUUCUUUGGUCCUUCGCAGCCUGUUAUUUCUUCAAGAGUUAUACAAGAAAGCAAAUCAUUGCUAGAGAAUGAGCUACGGACAGCUAAAAUGUCCAAUUCAAGUCAAACGAAGAAAAGACCUGUUUCAGGUUCAGGCACUAAGAAUGUAUCACAAGAGAAGCGGCCUAAAGUUGUGAAUGAGGUGAGAAGAAAAGUUGAGACUCUUAAGGAUACACGAGACUAUUCGUUUUUGUUUUCCGAUGAUGCGGAGCUUCCUGUUCCGAAGAAGGAAUCUCUCUCUCGAAGUGGCUCAUUUCCUAAUUCUGAGGCUCGAUCUGCUCAAUUAUCAGCAAGGCCCAAACAAUCAUCAGGUACCAAUGGUAGAACUGCUCACGGUCCUCCUCGUGAGGAGAAGAGACCUGUUUCAGCUAAUGGACAUUCAAGACCUUCUUCCUCUGGUAGCCAAAUGAAUCAUUCAAGACCUCCUUCCUCGGGCAGCCAAAUGAAUCAUUCAAGACCGGCUUCCUCAGGCAGCCAAAUGCAGUCGAGAGCUGUUACAGGGAGACCUUCUUCCUCAGGCAGCCAAAUGCAAAAUUCAAGACCGCCUUCUGCUGGUAGCCAAAUGCAACAAAGGGCAGCGUCAUCAGGCAGCCAGAGACCAGGUCCCUCGACAAACCGUCAAGCACCUAUGAGGCCACCAGGUUCAUGUUCCACAAUGAAUGGUCAAUCAGCUAAUCGUAAUGGUCAAUCAGCUAGCCGGAAUGGCCAACCAAAUUCCAGAUCAGAUUCCCAAAGACCAGCUCCUGCGAAAGUGCCAGUCGAUCAUAGGAAACAGAUGAGCAGUAGCAAUGGAGUCGGUCCUGGUCGGUCAGCGGCCAUAGCAAGACCUUUGCCUUCUAAGACUUCACUGGAAAGAAGACCCUCCAUGUUGGCGGGAAAGAGUUCUAUUCAAAAUGCUCAGAGACCGUCCUCAUCAAGACCAAUGUCAUCGGAUCCUAGGCAACGGGUAGUAGAACAGAGAAAGGUUUCUCGUGACAUCGCCACACCCCGAAUGAUACCAAAACAAUCAGUGCCUACCUCCAAACACCAGAUGAUGAGUAAACCAGCGCCCAAGAGACCUCCCUCACGUGAUAUAGAUGAUAGGAGGCUGCUGAAGAAGAAGAAGCCUGCAACAAGGUCGGAGGAUGAAGAAGCAUUCAACAUGCUUAGACAGUUGUUACCCAGCAAGCGUUUUUCUAGGUAUGACGAUGAUGACAUAAACAUGGAAGCAGGCUUUGAAGAUAUCCAAAAGGAAGAGAGACGAAGUGCAAGAAUCGCAAGGGAGGAAGAUGAAAGAGAACUUAAGCUCUUAGAGGAAGAAGACAGGAGAGAAAGACUGAGAAAGAAGAAGCUAAGCCGUUAAAAAGUUAGAAGCAUCCUUUUGCUCUUUUGUCUUCUUUUAGGACUUCAGAUCUUUUUUUUUUAGUGUUACCUCAUUUAAAUCUCUUUGGCCGCUUGGGGCAAAAAAAAAAAAAAGAGUUUUAAUCUUUCUUCUUCUCUUGUUUUCAAAUUAAGGAUCUUUUGUUCUUGGAAUUGUACAAUUAGUAAUAUUAUCUUUAUUGGGGUCACUUCAAGAA